AUGAUGCUACCCAGGUGUAUUCGUCUGUUCGCGGGAGCGGAUGCCGAGAACACUGCCAGACUCGCCAGCCUAGAGAAUGGAGAUGGAGAGGCGCCAGAGACUCCCACCGCCUCCCUGCAGGUCCUCCUUCGACAGGCACGCGUCGCCUUCCAGACUGGGAACUACAAGGCCAGCGGGCUUGUCGGUGCUCUUCGUGGGGAGGAGAACUCUCAGCGCGAGAAUCUGCUGCAUGCCGUCACGCUCAUCUCCGACAUUAUGUAUCUGCUCGGGGAGGUCAUGGUUCAGUUCCAUCGCAUCAGUGACGGGCUGGGAGACUAUGGCAUGAUUCGGGUGGCUCCAUGGCUACAUCCCAUAUUGGAUUCUCUGCAAGAGAAGGUGCAGCAACUAAAGGCUAGCCUGGAGCAACUCAGCAACUCCCUGGACUCGGCCUACGUAUUGGCACGGGCCCGUGGCCAAAAAAUCCAGAAGCCAGCGCCUUCGGAGAAGAUGUGCGCUCGUGCCCGAGAUGCCAUUCAGCGCGCGCUGCUUGGCGGAACCAGCCAUGCGAGUCAGCUGCUGCAGCUCGCAGAGGAGCUUCGGGCACGCUCGGCACCAGAGCGCUUGCCUCAUCUGGCCAAGGGCCUGGGUGAUGCAUGCCUAACGUUGAGCGAGGUCCUGGUGUCUGCUGAGUUCAGGCGACACGUUGGGGAUUCGUUCCCACAGCUACCUACACUGACGGACUUGGGCUCGGAUCCCAAAACACGGACCAUGAAGGCAGGCAUGGCGACGCUGGCCCUGGAAGACUUGGGCGGCAUGCAGCCCCGCUUCUCAGAAAGGCGGCCGGUGCGGGUUCGCACUGAGCCAAAAACGGCCCACAUCAUGAAGGUGACUCCGUGGACAGAUGGAGAUGUUCAGGACACAGCAUCCACAUCAGCUACGCCACGUACGAUGGCACGCGAGAAUUCUCAGAGUUGCAGCAGCUGCUGCUCAGCUCAGACUGUUGGCAUCCCCACAAGUGGCCCGGUGCUGACUUUCGAGGUCAACCGCCUCACGUCCUUUGAGCCUCUAAAAAGGCACGAUCGCAGACGAAUCGAAAUUCAGCAUGACGAGCUCUUGAUAUACAGCACGGGCUCACAAUCCAGAAUUAAAUCUGCAGUGCAGCUACCCGAAGGGGUGGAGCGCGUGUUCCUCCUGUCCGACACUGUCCUCGAGGCUUGCUUCUCACUUGUUCCGGCGGAUGCCGUACCGGGAGGUGGUGUGGUACGGCCAAAGGACUACAUCUUCGAGUUUGCUACACCUGAGCAGGCCGACAUCUUUUGCGAGGACUGUGUUGCGGACACGCUGGGUUUUCCCUGCGAUAGUGGGAUGUGGUGA